AUGGAUAUCGGACAAGCCACUGUGCCUAGAUUUCUAUCACCGUUCCUUUACAAGGUUUCUCCCUCCACCAAUGGUCCAUCUUUGAAAAGCCGAGCAUUUGCUCUGCCUCAUCCUGAAGCUGGCUCCCAGGACCCUCUGUUGGAGCCUGCCACUCAGAACCUCUUUCUACUGGCAGAAGAACCAGCCUGCCUUACACAGGCUCCCAGGGAGGUCUCUGAAGGAAUUAACGGAGAGGAGGACUUCAAAGGCAUUCCUACAGAACGGAAAGCAACGCUCCACGGUCGGUGUUGCUUGAAUUCGGGAAGCUGUGAACCCCUUUCCACCAGCCCCACCUCUGUGCCCCUGUGUAGACAAGGAAAAGACACCAAAGACGAGAAGCCGACCCAUCUCAUCCGAUCCUCCACCAUCCGCGUCCAGCGCUGUCACUUAACAGCUUUCAAAUGCUGGUCAAGGCAACCCUUUUUUUUUCAGUUUCUUCGCUAUAACAUAUGGAUGAAAAAAUCUAUAGAUGCCUUGCCUGCCUCACAAGAUGUUGUGACAAUUAAAAGUGAUAAUUUGCUGAAAAGGACAUUGAAAACUGUAAACUAUUAUGCAAAAUCCAGUUAUUCCUGCGCGACACCAGUAUCUGUGUGUCGAUCUACAGUCAGUUUAGGAAAAUAAUAAAACAAAUUCUUACGC